UCGGCAUUUUGUAGGGAUACGUCUUCCGAGUAAGCCUUCUCCAAGUCAGGCUAUUUCAAAAUGCGUGUAUUACUAUUGACCGUAGCGAUAGCCCUUUUGGGCUCCGCACUCGGAGACGAAGUGCCUACUGAAGACGACGUACUGGUUCUCAGCAAAUCCAACUUUGACAGUGUUAUAUCGACUACAAGCUACAUAUUAGUGGAAUUCUACGCGCCAUGGUGCGGCCACUGUAAGUCUCUGGCGCCGGAGUACGCGAAGGCUGCCAGCAAGUUACUCGAAGAAGGGUCUGCCAUCAAAUUGGCCAAGGUUGAUGCCACUCAAGAGCAAGAAUUGGCUGAAAACUAUGGUGUUCGAGGAUACCCUACUCUCAAGUUCUUCAAGAAUGGAAACCCUGUUGACUACACAGGUGGACGCCAAGCUGACGACAUUGUUGCCUGGUUAAAGAAGAAGACCGGUCCACCAGCGAUCGUAGUGGCUUCAACUGAACAAGCCAAGGAAUUGAUCUCUGCCAACAAUGUUGUUGUCUUUGGUUUCUUCCCAGACCAAACCACAGACAAGGCCAAGAGCUUCUUGAAUGUCGCAGAGCAGGUGGAUGACCAGGUGUUUGCUAUUGUCAGUUCUGAGGAGGUUAUCAAGGAGCUAGAAGUUCAGGCUAAUGACCUGGUGCUCUUUAAAAACUUCGAGGAUCCGCUUGUGAAAUAUGAGGCUAAAGAGAUCGAUGAGGACUCCAUCAAGAAGUGGGUAUUCGUCAACAGCAUGCCUUACAUCGUCGAGUUCUCGCACGAGACCGCCUCCAAAAUCUUCGGUGGACAGAUCAAGUACCAUCUGCUGCUCUUCCUGUCCAAGAAAAACGGCGACUUCGAGAAGUACCUAGAGCCAUUGAAGCCCGUGGCGAAGAACUACCGCGCCAAGAUCAUGACCGUGGCCAUCGACACAGACGAGGAUGACCAUCAGAGAAUCUUGGAGUUCUUCGGCAUGAAGAAGAGUGAGGUGCCAUCCGCUCGCCUGAUCGCGCUCGAACAGGACAUGGCCAAGUACAAACCACCCACCAACGAGCUCAGCGCUAAUGCUGUGGAGGAAUUCGUGCAAAGCUUCUUCGAUGGCAAACUGAAGCAGCAUCUACUGAGCGAGGAAUUGCCCAAGGACUGGGCUGCCAAGCCUGUAAAGGUGCUCGUCGCCACCAACUUCGACGAAGUUGUCUUCGACACCACCAAGAGAGUCCUUGUUGAAUUCUACGCGCCUUGGUGCGGCCACUGCAAGCAGCUGGAGCCCAUCUAUGAAAAGCUGGCCGAGCACUUCGAGAAGGACGAUGACAUCAUCAUCGCCAAAAUGGACGCAACCGCCAACGAACUCGAGCACACCAAGAUCACCUCAUUCCCCACUAUCAAACUUUACUCUAAGGAUAACCAGGUGCGCGACUUCAAUGGUGAAAGGACGCUGGCCGGCCUCACUAAGUUCAUAGAGACCGAUGGCGCUGAGGCUGAGCCCACUCCAACAGUCAGCGAAUACGACGAGGAGGAGGAACAGCCCGCCAGGGACGAAUUAUAAGCGCUCGUACGCUUUUAUGAGACUUCCAUAGUGUAGGCCUUGUAUAGAUUAUAAUUUACAACUAUAAUUUACUUUUAUACUGAACUAACACUCAAUUGCAUUUCUUUUGCUAGAAUAUUACCCAAAUCUUGUUAAGGUUGUAACUGAACGAAGUUGUUUUCGAUGCACUAUCUUUGAUAUUUUAGCGUAAAUACUCCUUUUGACUUUCUGAAUUCGGAUCUCUGUUGGUGGCCAGGAAUUGUAGUUAAAAUGCAUAAUUUAUUACGUCAGCAGCUAGUGUUAAAUACUAACGUAUUUAUAAUUUCUGUAUCAUAAUAGCGAAAUCACAUUCCUUCGCCCAGUACAAUUUAAGUUUCAUCGAACAAGCGUUUACAUUUUCGUUUAGUAAAUAUUUUCGGCAAUUUUUGUUUUUGUCAAUUAAAAUUAAUUUUACUUUAUUGUUCAUCACAAGAAAUAGUAUUUAUAAGGUGCACUUGUUGAUGUAUUUUUGUACGUGUCUUCAUACAUUUUCGUUAAAUUAAUGCAAUACGUUAAUGAAAUCUUCUACGGUGCUUUAUCGGUCAUUGUAACAUGUCUAAUAAAUAUUUAAUCUAAUAUAUU